AUGUCUAGCAAGGCACUUGAAGGACCCCCCGAUGGCUUGCCGCCCCGCCAUUGCGCCGUCUGUCACGUCCGCGACAAGAUCUCUCGCUGCACAGGUUGCCAGGUCGUCUACUACUGCGGCCGCGCGCACCAGGCCGCGGACAGGAAGAGGCACAAGGUUGCCUGCAAAGAGAUUGAGCGGAUGGUGGAGCUGUACGAGUCGAUAGACAUCAGCAUCAGGAUCGGGCUGGGGCCGGGGGACGACCUGGAGACGGCUUUGCGCCUCUCUCCCGACGAUAUGGAAACAAUGACUUACCUGCGUGCCCAACACACGUACAGCCAGGCGCUCCUCCUUGAAUCAACCAUCGACGCCGUCGAGAUUUCUCUGGACGAACAGUGGAGUGUGCUGGAGGUGGACAUGCAUGAUAAGUUGCGCGUCCGGGAUUACAUGCCGCACCUCAUGAUCCGUCUCGGGCAGGACCAAGAGGCGUACGACUUUAUAAAGUGGUGGACGCUGGCGACGGACGAGCGCAUCCGCUACCAUGACUGGGACGAUCCGACGGCCCCGCGCAUGAAUCUCACGGGCGAGGACGCCUUCGAGCCGGUGGACGACCUGGUCAAGCGCAAGAAGCUCUUUGGCCACAAGAACGCUGUCCUGCUCAUUAAGAUCCGGCUGUACCUGGACCUUCGGGACAUUUGCAACGCGGACCGGGCGCUGAGGCGGGGAAACAAGAGCGGCAUGUUCCCGUCCGAGGUGAUUGACAACAUCAAGCGACACAACGUCCGAUCCGGCAUUGUCCGGGCGCGGCGCGACCUCGUGGAGAAUGACGGGUUCGUGGCGUCGCUGCGCAUGGCGGAGCUCAAGAAGCAGAUCCGGGAACUGGCUCGGGGGAUCUUUGACAAGGAUGUUCCAGAGUACGGGGGCACGAUGGACGAAAUGUUCUCUAACACGCAGGCGGCGUGGGACGAGACGCCGUGGGCAAUGCGUACUUUACAGGACGCCGUGAGGGGUAUAGCGAAGAUGAGCCAGCACAAUCCGGCCUGGGCUACUCGAUCGAGGGGUCUGUACAAGACGAGCAGCGGUUGA